AUGAACCGUGUAUUCUUCCGAGCAGCGCAUUCAGCGGCUGCUCGUAGAGCUUUACUGGAGAGGAUCAUUCGGGUUGAUCACGCGGGCUCUCCAGUUGCCUCGGUGAUAAAGAAAAUGUGGGAUGAGGAAAAGGAACAUUUAGACAUCAUGGAAAGACUUGCUGCUAAACAUGAAGUUCCCCACACUAUUUUCUCACCCAUUUUCAGCAUAGCAGCUUAUGCUCUAGGUGUUGGAUCGGCUCUUCUCGGCAAAGAAGGAGCCAUGGCGUGUACGGUCGCUGUAGAGGAGUUGAUAGGGCAGCACUACAAUAACCAGCUAAAGGAAUUAAUUGGCGACGAUCCAGAAGCACACAAGGACCUGCUGGAUACAUUGACGAAAUUGCGAGAUGAUGAACUUCAGCAUCACGACACUGGUAUAAAAUACAAUGGGCCACAGGUCAGCAGAUUUUGA